CCUGGGCUUUAUGGUAGGGAGCGUGCCUUGGAAUCUGCACGUGUUCGGCGAAACACGAAGGAAAUUGGACAAAUAUACCACAAAGAUGUUUCUUUUUGGACUGUCCCGUGUGCCUCGGAGUGGACAGGUUGUAAUGUGAGGUAUUGAACUCGUGACAUGAUGAAUAAAAGAAGAGAAGCGGAUGUGUUGGUGCUAGCUAAGAGCAUGGGAGCUAGCGUUAGCUGAGAACAGCAUGUCCAGACAUGUCCCUGCACGAAUGAAUGAAUACGGACACACCACGUUACACCAGUUACUCUAUUUUUUAUGACAAAUAAAAUGGAUUACCAGUUCCCAAAGCAACUUUUCCCUUCGUUCUACAACUGCGGACCUCCAGACCUGGUCCUGAAACACUGCGCAGGAAACUGGGGCUGCUACGACCGAGUCCGACCUCAGGGCGGUUCUGGUCCUCUCUCCAGCUGGACAUUUACCUCCAGGCAUCAGGUCGGAGGGGAGGCAUGGCGUCACACGGAGCCGGUACCAGUUCCCCUCCUGUCCCCUAAAAACUCUUUCCCCUGGCUUUCGACGCCUCCAGAUCCACAGGAUUUCACCGAACAUAUGCAGAACUUCUUCAUGGACCACUGCCAGGACGCCUUCGGGAGCAUCAGUGGAAUUCUGAGUGAAAACUUAAACUUAAAACCAGGACGAAAAGGGAAAUCUCGCAGCGACUCCGUCUACAUGACGAAAAUGGAAAACAUCAUCAAAAAGGUGAAGCUCAAAAGGUGUCCGUUCUCCUUUGACUCCACGGUGCUGGACAGGUACGGCACCCUGCUGUCGGACGUGCUGCCCGCCGUGCCCCCCGAACUGCUGGGCUCCCUGCUGUACGAGGAGCUGGAGGAACAGAGGGAACGCAUGCUGUUCUGUGAAGCAGCCACAGGGGGCGCUCUGGCCUUCAUCCCUUUCUCACAGAGCGGCAGCGACCCUCAGCGCGGCUGCCUCCUCUACCCCGGGAACCAGGGGCUGGACUUCCUCAACUUCCACCGGGUGGAGCUGCAGCAGCACAGAGGGACCCCCUCCUGUUUGGACGCCAGCAGCUGUGAGCUUUCGACCUUCCAGCUGCAGGGCCCCGUCAGACAGAUCAGCGCCGCCUCGCUGAUCAAUGACUGUUGUGUGGCAGUGCGCUCGGAUCACCUGUGUGGAGUUUGGAGGUUCAGUGAGGGAAACAAGCCUCAGCUGAUGGAAGUGGUCAACACUAAAGAGGUCGGGACCUGCAUCAGUGUCAGUCCUCAUGUUCUGGGUGAAGUUCUGGUGGCGAGUGAGAGCGGAGCAGUGAACCUGUGGACCGUCGGCAAAAGGAUGCAGAAGGUCCGGAAGGAGGAGGAGUACCUGUACUUCAACGCCAAGUCUUCGUGGCGAUGGUGCGAGUUCUCCGCCCAUCCCAGGGUGAUGCAGUAUGCGGACAGGACGGGGGUGGAGCUCUGUGACAUCCGGAUGAGUCCCGUCUCAAAUCACACUCUGUUUCGUAUCGGCAACACCUCAGAGUGUCGCAGCGGAGAGAGACUCAUCCUGUCCAGAUACCUGGCAGACGUCCACCCCUUCCACCACCUCAUCACCACUCAGUACUCGGCCUACAUCAUGGACGAGCGUUUCCCCUGCAUGCCCGUGCUCAAGUGGGAUCACAUGAUGCAGUCUCCGCCCAUGUUCUGUCACACUGUCCCGGGCUCCGACCCCUCCAGGACCGCCAAGGUGCUGCUGGGCUCCCACAGCUCGCAGGAAAUCACCCUGCUGCAGUACUCAGGAGGGAGAGCAGAAGCCUGUUCCAGUCGGGGUCCUCCUCAGGCACUGCUCAGACCCAGGGACAGCCUGAGACACCUUCCUGUCCAAAUCCCCCACCGCCUGGAGCUUGCCACCAGCAGACUGUCUAUACCGGCGGCAGGUCUGACUUGUAUCCACAAGAGAGGAGGAGGUGGUGAGGAGUGUAUCUGUAUCCUGCAGCUGACGGAGGCAGGGGAUAUUUUCUACCAGAUCCUGGAGCCCGAGCAGCCACACACCCCUCCACAGGCUCCGGAAAGAAACACACCUUCAGGGAUAAAAGUAGCCGAGCGACCACCGCAUUCUCUCAAUCUCACAUCGGCCACAUCGAGCGACGAAGACAUCAUCGGCCCUAAUCAGGUGCUGAGCUACGUGCCUGAAACUCCGGAGAGGGAACGACCAGAACUGGAGAUUUACUCUUCCUCUAGCGAGUCCGAGUCCCAGAGUAAGACUCGUUACAUGAAGCGUCUGCAUAUGCAGCUGCAGGUCAUCGACAAUGUCAACGUGGAUCAUGGGAAUGAAUCGGAUACAGCGGGUGUGAGUGCAGAGACAGUGAGUGAAGAAAAAGCUGAGAUCCCAGAGGAAUCCAGCAGGAUGGAGGAACCCAGCAGCAGCGUCCAGAAGCUCAGUGACGGUGUUGUGGUCACGUGGAAACAGUGGCUGCAGAAAUUGAUGCAAAAGAGUCGUGAGAAUAAGCCCCGCCCACAGCGCAGGCAGCCCUACAAGGUCCCGACUGAAGACCUCCUCCACCUGUCUGGCGUUCAAGCGAGAGGAGAGGACUCUGCAGAGAAGGAACGCAUGGAGAACCUGAGGCGGGAUCUCCGAGCGUGCAUGACUAGUCGCUCGCUGCUGGUUCACAGCGCCGUCUCCGCCUCCCUCGGGGAUCAGGAGGUGGUGGCAGUGCCCAACGCCGUGGAUACCGACACAUGGAAAGAUCCGACGAGCGAGCGCUUCACGGUGUCCUGGCAGGGCGAGGGGGCCUGGCAGGCGUGGUGGGAGGAGAACCUGGGGCUGAACCGGGGGAAGAAGGUGGAGGCUCUGAGGAGGAAGAGGAAGAGGGAGAAGGAGGCGAGGAGGUCGUCUAGUCAGCAAUCGGUGCUGUCCGGCAGCUUCACCUCGUCCCUCUGCUACCAGUCGGACCUGAGCGACUUUUCAAAUCUGUCCGGCUGGUCCUCCACCGCCAGCCAGGGGGUGUGGUCCGACAGCGGGGGGGCACUGUCCCAGGCGGAGGACUCGAUCGAGAAUGGGUCGCGACGGGCUACGACACCCUCAUCCGUUCAAACAGACGCUCCAGUCCCCACGCUGACCCCCACGCCGACCCCCACGCCUCAGAGGGAUAAACAAGCAAGCCAGACCCCAAGCAGCACUCGCGCCCCGCCCCCUACCCCAAAGAGUCUGAAGAAGAGCAAACGCCAGACAGACUACCUCAGCGCUCUGUUCGCUCCGCAGGAUGAGCCCUCGCAGCACGGCGGUUAUUUCCUGGAAGAGGACAGCACGGUGCACCACAAGCCUCCACCUGUGGCCUCGUCCUCCUACCAGCUCCACAGCUCCCAGUCCGCCUCUCUGAGGAGCGUCAGGACCGGUUUCUCCCAGUCCCUGACCCCCUCCCGGUCCCUGACCCCCUCCCAAAGCUCCCAGGGGAGACCGGGGCUUUCCCAGACAUCACAGACCAAGAAGAAGAAGCCUCGGAUGGGAUUCUGAUUCAUCGGUGUCCGCCAGCAUUUGGAAUAGCUGUUGUUGAGAGCCUCGAGUGUUUCUCCUCUGGAUUUAUUAUGGUAGCAUGCAUUGGAUCUGAUCAAGGAUGGACUGACUGGAAGAGGACCAAUGGCUCUGUCCCUGAAGACGUUUGGUAGGAACUCAUUACCUUUGUUUUGUGCCUUAUGGUUAAUGAUGGACGUGUGAGUGUGUGUGUGUGUGUGUGUGUGUGUGUAAAGAAGGUCAAGUGACGCUGCUGGAUUCCUUUUUAUCUGUUCGUUAGGCAUUCACACAGCUGAUGAUGGUUCACUUCAUUCCUUAUCACUCCUCGUUACAGAGAUGGGAUGACACGGUCGGCUGAUAUGGAACAGGAGGAAAGAGAUAAGAAGCUAACCGGAGGUCGCUGCUCUCCGGCGGGCGUUUAGGGAUAUGGAAGUCUUAAAAGUCUUUAAAUUAAAGCUGAGGAGCAACAUUUCACAAUGAAUGUCAAACGAGUUGAGAGAAAAAAAGGGUGUUUGUUGGAAUUUUUUAAAAAAAACGUGUGUGUGUGUGUGUGUGUGUGUGUGUGUGUGUGUGUGUGUGUGUGUGUGUGUGUGUGUGUGUGUGUGUGUGUGUGUGUGUGUGUGUGUGUGUGUGUGUGUGUGUGUGUGUGUGUGUGUGUGUGUGUGUGUGUGUGUGUGUGUGUGUGUGUGUGUGUGUGUGUGUGUGUCAUCCAACAUGUAUCUUUUCUUUCUCAGACCUCCCUCCCUUAUUUUUUUACUUUGUAAAUGAAAGUGCGACUUGCACUUCUGUAUGGAAUCGUUUUACAUCUGCUUUGAAUAAAACGGAAAGGAUUUGGUAGAAAAGAUCUGGGUUGUUAUUGAAAAACCAAGGAAAACGUUCAUAAUACUGUGGGUCUUUCCCACGCCUGACUUUAAAUAAGUAGUAUUAGUUGCUAGGCAGAUUAGGAUGAAUGAUGGUAAAUAUAAUCUCCCUUAAAUCAGACUGUAGUUCACCUGCAGUAAAUCCAGCAGCUACCCUGCAGUAUACAAAGCCAUUCAAACUAGCUGCACCUUUACCAGCUCUGAGAACACUUUAAUGAUCAAUCAUUAUAAAACAUAUCAGAGAUAUUAUUCUGAAAUGGACCAAUCAGACAAUGACUACUUUUACUGUCGCUACUUUAAGUACAUUUAGAGGAGAGUACUUUCUACUUUCACUGGAGGAACAUUUAGAAUA